GUAUGUUCAAACUGAAGGCAAAAUGCUUUUUCAGACAAACAAAAAGCCAAGAGAAUUUGUCACCAGCAGAACUGAGAUACAAGAAUUAUUAAAGGAUUUAAGAAUAAUAAUAGUUAUUCAAGAAAAAUGAUAGCAAAUAGAAAUUUAGAUCUACUGAAAGGAAAUGAACAGCACCAGAAAUGGUAUGUUGGUAAAUGUAUGAUAAUGAGUAAAUAUAGAAGAAAGGUUUCCUCAUUUAAAAAAUCUCUUUAAAAUAUAUAAUUGACUAUUUAAAAUAAAUAUAGUAUCAAUGUUUGUGGGGUUUAAAACACAUGAAAAUGUAUAACAACUAGAGCACAAAGGAUGAGUGGAUGGAGAAGAGUAUAUUGUGAUAUCCUUUAAGUCUGUGUAAUAUUAUUUGAAAGUAAAUUGUAAUAUGCUAAAUAAAGAUAUAUAUUUUAAUAUUUUUUAAGUUUUUAAAUCUAUUUUGAGAAAGAGAGAAAGCACACGAGCAUGGGAGGGGCAGAGAGAGAGGGAGAGAGAAUCCCAAGCAGGCUCCACACUAUCAGCACAAAGUCCCACAUGGUGCUCGAUCCCACAAACUGACCAUGACCUGAGCUGAAAUCAAGAGUCAGAUGCUUUUAACCAACUGAGCCACCCAGGCACCCCAAAGACAUAUAUUUUACACCCUAGAGAAACUACUAUAAAAAUAAAGUGGUAUAGCUAAUAAACCAAUAGUGGAGAUAAAAUGGAAUCAUGUUUUGUAAUCAAUCCAAAAGAAGGAAAAAAACCAUAUGAACAAUUAGAAAACAAAUAGCAACAUGGUUAGAUAUUACCCUGCUAUAUGACAUUAAUCAUACUUACAUACUCACAUAAAUGUAAAUGUGACAAAAAUAUAUAGCCGUGCAUAAGACAGAACAAGAAAAGUGUUUUUAAAAAGGUAUACAAUGCUGUGAGGAUCCAGAAGACAGAUUAUAGCUUCGUAAAAGAAAUCUACAUCCUAAAGAAGUAACCUUUAGUCCUUACACAGACACAUAUUAGAGGUGAAGGAGGUAAUACCAUGGGUGAUAUUUCUGAGAGAGAAGACACACACACACACACACCUCUGCUAGGUGUAUUAAGGAAAUAGUGAGUCAUUAACUUUAUCUGGAAUUCAGUUUCCCUUACCUUAUAUUUGGAGCAACAGUGGGAGAUAAGAUUGGUAAGGUAGAUUGAAGGCAUAUUUGGGAGGACUUAAAAUGUGGAACUGGGUAUUUGUAAUUCAAGAGGCAUUAUUAAUGUAAAGAGAGUAGCUUUGGUUUACCAUAGUUAGCGGUACCCUAGGGAAUGUACAUCAGCCAACUGCCCAACCUUUUCACAUAUAACUUUAUCAUUUGUAAUGAUUACAUGGCGUUUAAUUAUAUGGAUAUACCAACAUUUAUUUAACCAUUUCCCUAUUAUUGGACCUAUAAGCCAUUUCUAAUAUUCUGCAGUUGUAAUAACAUUAUAAUGACCUUCUUUUGCUAAUUUUUUUCUCAUUCACAUUACUUUCAUAGGUUAGAAACUUAGAUAUUGAACUACUUUAGUAAGAUAUAAAACAAUUUGGGAUGCCUGGGUGCCUCAGUCUAUUGAGUGUCCGACUCUUGGUUUCUGCUCAGGUCAUGAUUUCAUGGUUUGGGAGUUGGAGCCCCAUGUCAGGCUCUGUGCUGACAGUGAGGAGCCUGCUUGGGAUUCUCUCUCUGCUCCUCACCUGCUCUCUCUCUCGCUCUCUCUCAAAAACAAAUAAUGAAUAAACAUUAAAAAACAAUUUUAGAUUGCUCAUACAUAUUUUAAGGUUAAUUUGCUCAAGCAUUUGCACAAAUUUACAGUUCUACUUGAGUUUUUAAAUUUAGUAGUCUGUAUAGAUUUUAAUUCCCUGCCCCCGCCCCGUCCAAGCACACUAUAGGUGCUGCUAAGCCUCUGAUAAAUAUUACUCCAUGAAAGAGUACUCCUUUAAAAAAAUACUCUCAAUAAAAGAACUUUAAUAAGCUUGACUAAAUAUUUAGAAAGCAUAUUGUGUUGAGUGAAACUUUGUAUCUAAUACAUAAUAAGAGUAAUAGAAAAUCAUAUUGGGUGACUAGUCUGUAAUUAUCCAAGGAACACAUACAAUGAAACAAGUUCUUUUGGUUACUUCGUUAAACAGCCAACACAAUGGGGAAAGUGGAGGAAAUGUCCCAUAAACACUAUGAAAAGGGAACCAGAAAACCCAGUAUGUAAUCUCGGAGUAAUGACAGCAUCAGAAAACAAAACCAACAAAAGAGAACACCUUCCAGAACAAUCUGAGCUGCAUGAAAGGCAAACAUUCACUAAAGCUGGAGCUUUCCUAACUAAGUCUGCCCAGAGAUAAGUGGCAUACUUGACCUUCACCAUGAUUAACAAGCAUUUCUUUGAAAUUGUGUCGGUGCUGUUGGCCUCUUCUACUAUCUUCUCCCUAGAGUUGAAACUGGCUCUCUUCCAACAAAGAGUAAACAGAGAGAGUUUAAAACUCUUGAGUACAUUGCAAAGCUCAUCAAUUCAGCAGUGUCUGCCACACAGGAAAAACUUCCUGCUUCCCCAGCGGUCCGUGAACCUUCGCCAGUACCAGAAAGGACAAGCACUGGCCAUUCUUCACGAGAUGCUUCAGCAGAUCUUCAACCUCUUCAGGGCAAAUACUUCUUCAGAUGGUUGGGAGGAAAGCCACGUGGAGAAGUUCCUCACUGAGCUUCAUCAACAGCUGGAAUACCUAGAAGAACUCACAGGCCCGGAAGCAGAGCAGGACAGCUGCAUCUUGGGGAGUGAGAACGUUAGGUUACAGAUUAAAAUGUACUUCCAAAGGAUCCAUGAUUACCUGGAAAGCCAAGAGUACAGCAGCUGUGCCUGGACCAUUGUUCGAGUAGAAAUCAACCGGUGUCUCUUCUUUGCACUCCAGCUGAUAAGAAAGAUAAGCAAACGAGGAAUGCAUUCCUUGAAGAAUGUGGAGCAUGAGCCAAGGGCAGACUUUAGAAGCAUAGGGUAGGUGGAGGGGCGGGAGGACUCUUCCAGAGACUAUUUCUUCUUGUCAUUAAUUGCUUUGGUUUCGUGUGUGUAGAUAUAUGUAUAUUUACCUGUCCUUUAAGACCAUGCAUAGUGACUACAAUGGUCUUUGUUUUGUAAUGUCACUUUGUAUUUUCCAUUCAUCUUAAAUUUUCAUGAGAUAAAAUAGAUUCAUCAGUAUUUCAUACUUGGUUCUUCAAAUGGGUUUAUUUUCCUCAAAGUAAAUGAGGUAUGUCUCCACCGAACUAAUUUCUUAACUUACCACAUCCAUUCCAAUGAUUUCUUUGCCAGAAAUUGGUAGAAACAUUAAGAAGUACAAGGAAUAGUGUGCAUUGCCAGACUUGAAAAUGUCAAUACACACUGAAUAUCUGUUACAGGUGACACAAUAGAAAUAUGGCCAAAGGUCAUGAACAGCAGAUUGCAGAGGGAAAACAGAUGCAUGAAAACAGGUUCAACCUCACUUAUAAUGAUAAAAAAUACAAAUUAAAAGUGAACAGCAUGCGAUUCAUAACAGCCGAGGGCCCACACUUUUGUGGAGAUUUUGGAGAGGGAUGCUCCUAUAAUUUGCCAGAGCACUGGAAAUUGGUAGGCUCGCUGUAGAGGCAAUAUAUUGAUAUCUGUUACAAUUACCAUCUUUGAGCCAUAAACUUGAAAUUGACCUUAUAAAAAUGCUUGCAUAUGUGUCUGAUGGCGUGCAUACAAUACUGUUCACUGCAGCAUUAUUUAUAAUAUCAAAAGACAGGAAACCACUCAAAUUCUUUUAGUUCGAGACAGUUGAAGUAUAGUCACACAAAGGAACACCACCCAGCUGGAGAACAGAGUGAGGAUGCUCUUCCUGUACUGAAAGAAAAAAGUAAAAAAAUAGGCAAGAUGCAGAACAGUGUGUAUAAAAUGCUGUAUUUGACAUUAAAAUGUAAAACAAGGGGCGCCUGGGUGGCUCACUCGGUUAGGCCGACUUUGGCUCAGGUCAUGAUCUUGCGGUUCGUGAGUUCGAGCCCCACGUCGGGCUCUGUGCUGACAGCUCGGAGCCUGGAGCCUGCUUCGGAUUCUGUGUCUCCCUCUCUGUCUGCCCCUCCCCUGCUCGCACUCUGUCUCUGUCUGUCUCUCAGAAGUAAAUAAACAUUAAAAAAAUUUUUUUUAAUAAAAUGUAAAACAAAUUUUCUAUCUGACCUAACUUGUGCAUGAACAAAUAAAGAAUAUAUAAGAAUGAAUUACAAUGAUAACUUGUGUUUUGGGGAAACGAGACUAGGGGAAGAAGCAGGGGGAGGGAGGUUUUCCAGCAUAUUUUUGUAUUUUUAAUCGUGUGAACAUUACAAAUUAAAACAAUAAAUGAAAAUGUACCUAACAAGUCAGAGUUCUUAGAAAUACGCAUGACGGAGUCUUGCUGGCAAAAGGAAGUGUUAGUUGAAGGGUAGAAGAAACAGGACUGCUCCAGCCUUCCCCUGGAGGGGAGGGGAGUGGCCAGGAGGAGGUGGAGGGCUGCACAGAAGGGCACUCGUGCCAACCAAGGGAGGGGGUUUCCACUCAUGAGAGCUGCUAGGGAUGAAGGGAUUCCAGCUCUUCCAGCCGGGAGCUUCCCGAAACCAUGAUGGAACAAAUGCGGGGCCAGAGAAACUGACGUUCAGUUGAGGCUCGGUGGCUUUCCCACGGCCACAGUGACCUUCACCCAAUGUAAGAAGCAGAGCCAUGGUCCAAAAUUCUGGGGCUAAUUCUGCCACUUUACGUCAUGCUCUGUUUUUGACUCAUUGUACAAUUCGAGAUGAAAUCUAUCACUUAAUGUGAAAACUUGCUGAAGAACAAAACACAUUUCAUUUCGGUUUAAUUAGUGUUAGUAAGUGUAUUCGUUGUUGGCCUGUGCUUUCGGAUUUGGCUUCAGAGGAAGGAGGAUGAGCUGAAGAGGCUCCUGAGUCUGAGGCAGGGCCAACUGCCAGAGAGGAAAAGGGCAGAGAAGCAGAGGCAGUCUUGGUCAACGUCACCUUUCAACCCCUGUGUACCUUCAAGUUCACCUAGAGGUAGGGAGGUGGAGAGAGGAGAGGCAUUUACCACACUUGACUGCAAAUACAGGUCAUUUGCUUCACAUGGUGAGUAGAAUUUUUGUUUUCUUUAAACCAGGAAGUUUUCAGAAGCAAAUCCUUCAUUUAACGCAUUAUUCGAUCCUCAAGUUAACCUAGCAAGAUAGUUUCUAUAUUACAUUCUUUUCUGAAAUGAGAAUAACAAGACUUUAAAGGUGAAGUAACUUGCUCAAAGUAAUGUAGCAAGUCACGGAGCCAGUAUAUGCCAGGGCAGAGAUUUUCCACCAGAUCUGCCUGACUCAGAAGAGUGCACUCUGUUCUAGACCCCACAAACCCGAACGGCAUUGUGCAAGAUCUCUGCGAAAUAAUAACGAUAACAAGCAUGACAACAAUUUGCUCCUGGCUUUCCUUAUUCAAGUUCACAGACUGUCCGCAGUCUUGAAUUAGAGAAAGAACAUUUUCUCCCCCUGGAUAUUUCUUUCCUAAGAACUGAAGAGAACAGAAUGGAGAAGAGGCCAAGUAGAAAUUUACAGCAGUUAAUAUGUACUCCUAUCUAGAAGCUGAAAGCAAUACUGUACAUGCUAAUGUUUCCCCAAACAUUCAGCUUUAUUAGGUUGACAUCCUACUUGUAUUACUGUCUUAACUGCUUCAUACAAAAUAAAAAUUGCUUGCUUUUAAAUAUGGGUGCUCUCUUAAAAUUUUAAAACCAGAGUUCUAAACUUGGAGAUACUGAGGAAGAUACAUAUUUUAUUUUUUGUGUGUGAGCUUUU